AUGGGGUCGCUCGUCGAGUCCCAGUCGGCCGCGUCGUCGCCAAAGGCCAAGCCGAAGGCGCAGAGCCCGCACGAGAGCUCUAGCUACCAGUCGCUCUUCCUCGCCGCGGCGCUGCAGCUCCUGGACGAGAAGGGCAAGUCGCUGCCACCGUCGCUCGACGCGCACCACCUCAAGCUCCCACCCGACACGAUCCUCGCCGGGUACCUCAAGAAGGCCAAAGACAACUCGCUCCGGACAAGCACGAAAAAGUACGCAGUCUUGACCCGGGGAGUCUUGCGCUACUACGCCGACAUGCAUGCAGCGGCGACGUGUACCGAGGUCGUCCUCGUGCCCCGGCGCUUCAUUUGCCGCGAGAACCUCUCGCAGCGCUUCCAGCACAAGUACGCGUUCGAACUCAUCGCCACCGGGAGCGCGGUCGAGAAGCGCCCAUCCAAGCUCGUCUUCAUGGCCAAGUCGGAGCACGAGCGCCGGCUCUGGGUGCACGCGAUUCGGGCGGUUGUGAAUGCGUCGCCCGUCUGCGCCGUCGACGGCGACUGCUACGCGUUCAUGUUGCUCCAGCGCCAGAUCCAGGACGCGCGCCGCAAGGACGCGUACUUGCACGCGCUCUCAAGUGCCCAGAACCGCGAGCUCUGCGUGCCCGUCGAGUGGGUGCACGACCAGCUGCAGCAGACGCCGCAGCCCGGCGAGAGCGGAAUGGACCAAGUGUUUAAAGACCUCGGGCGCGACCGCGUGAGCAUCAACGGCCGCAUCUACAGCGGCGCCGACGGGACCGAGAGCGUGCUCGGCGCGUUGGCGCGCGCCUUCAUGGACGUCUGCGAGAACCUCACGGAAGCGAUCGCGCUCGACGUCGUGCGGAGCGUAUUGCUGUCGUGCAAUAGGACGCAGUCGGGCGGCGACACGUACGAGACGGUCGACUACCUGUACCACAAUGCGAGCUUGGUCGUGCUAUGUCCCAGUGCGCGCGAAGCCGCCCCGCUCGAGAUCAAGGUGCUUUUGCGCGAUGCAUGCCCCGAGCUCGCGGCCAGCUUGGCGUCCGACGACCUUGGCUACGUCCCCCGCCAACACUCGCUUGUGCUGCCGACCAAGGUCGAGACGCAUCGUCCGUCCAUGGCGACGGCCAUCUCGUUCGGCGACGACCUCGAUAGCUCGUUCUUGCCCGCGAAAGCGCUCAACCUCUUUGCCCGCGAGAAAGAGUCGGUCGAGCUGGUCUCGUUUGCCGGCGAGAAGAUGCACGUGGCGAUCGUUGCCGCGACGUCGUACAAGAUCUGCGACGCCAACCCGCAGGGCGAUGCGACGCUCGACACGUGGGCGAUCGUCGACGCCGUGUUCGAGCAGUCGUUCGUGUACGCGCCAGCGUACGGUGUCCUCGAAGGCAAGGGCAUCGUCCGCGUCGUCACGCGCAGCAUCUGCGCCACGUAA